GUUGGCAGAAUAUGAAAUUCCACGUGGCAGUUGUUGUAAGGAGUACUUAAAAGCGGCUACACCAAAUCAUUCCCCCGCUUUCUCUUCACUGUAAACCUGCAAAUUUUAGGGUUCCAAAUUUAAUUGCAUUAAUGGCGUCUCAUAAUCCCCUCGACGAUGACCUUGAUUUUGGUGGAGAUUUCGAUGCUACUAGGCGUUCAGGUACCAAAAGAAGCUUUGGAGACCUUGACGAUGAUGAAGAUGAUAUUUUUGGCUCUAAAAAGGGUAAUUUGAAAGUAGAAGAAACAACACCUGGUGCAGCAACAGGGAUGAUCUUGUCUCUUCGUGAGAGUCUCCAGGACUGUAAGGAUACCCUAGCAUCAUGUCAGACAGAACUUGAAGAUGCAAAAUCUGAAAUACAAAAAUGGCGCUCUGCUUUUGAAAAGGAGUCGUUCAUACUUCCUGGUGUGACACCUGAACCCAGAUUUGUCGUCAGUUAUCUUCAGAACCUCAGAUCAUCCGAGGAGUCGUUGCGUGAACAGUUGGAAAGAGCAAAGAAAAAGGAGGCUGCAUUUAUUGUAACUUUUGCCAAAAGAGAGCAGGAGAUAGCAGAGUUGAAGUCUGCAGUUCGAGACCUUAGAACUCAACUCAAGCCGCCGUCUAUGCAGGCACGGAAGCUAUUACUAGAUCCAGCUAUUCAUGAAGAGUUCACUAGACUGAAGAAUUUAGUUGAGGAGAAGGAUAAGAAAGUGAAGGAGUUGCAAGAUAACAUUGCUGCAGUCAAUUUUACCCCACAAAGCAAAAUGGGCAAGAUGCUAAUGGCUAAAUGUAGGACACUGCAGGAGGAAAAUGAAGAGAUCGGAAACCAGGCUAAUGAAGGAAAGAUGCAUGAAUUGACAAUGAAAUUGGCUUUGCAAAAGUCUCAAAAUGCUGAACUUAAAAGUCAAUUUGAAGGCCUGUGCAAGCAGAUAGAGGGACUGACAAACGACGUGGAAAGAUCAAACGAAAUGGUACUAAUCUUGCAAGAUAAACUUGAAGAGAAGGAUGAAGAGAUCAGUAAGCUGAAUGAAAAAAACACCGUUGUGGAGAAAACUGAAUUAUUAGCUCCUGAUAAAACUGCCAGUGAUGAGGGAAUGACAACUACAGAAGCACAGGCAGCAGAGAAUGAGUAGGCAAGCUUUCUGGAAUUGAACUAGUGUUAUAUCUUCUUUUCCCUUUCCAAGAAGAGUUGUUUUGUCAACACAUUCAAGGCCUUACCUUCAUACAUGAAGCUACCUUUUUAUCCUUAAAUGGUGCAACGGUCAAGCAAGCAGAAUAUGAAGGCGCGGACCUGGAAACAAGAGCUUUCAGUUCGUAAACGUAAAGCAACAAGGCACAACCAUAUCUUAACUCAAGCUGUAGACAGUCAUACACUGCAGUCCGUGUUAGAUUCUGCGAUUUUAUUUCCCAUUUUCUUGGGCAUUGAAUGCUGUAUUAGUUCCAUAUGCAUGUCAGAGCACCAACAUAAUCUGUAGCUCUUUUUUUUUUUUCCUGAUUCGUUGAACAUUUUGUCAAUUAUGAACUUGCAAUUUUGAUGUUUUGUUUUGGGGAACUGUAAACUUUAUUUAUCUUGUAUAGCGUAGCCAGUCUUAGAUGUAGAAGAGUACAUCACUACACCAGUCUACUUUGCUUUUAACGCUUCAAUUAUGCUACACGUGUUUUGUA